AUGAUGCAACCGCUCAUUGAAUCUAAACCAUAUACAUCACCAUUCCUCCUUGCCGCAUAUGGGAUCAGUAACACAUUUAAAGCCAUUGAUAUUCUUAAUCGAUGGAUAUGGAUUUUUGAAACGUCUCAAGAGUCAAACGUUCGUAUUGUUGCUUUUUCUACAGAUUGCGAUCCGAGAUACUUGUUAGCAAUGCGUUUGACUACAGGCUUUUUUGCAAAACUUACUAAUACUCCGUUAUAUAAUCAUAACAAUAUAUUAAAGAUCCAUUUACCAAAGGACUGGUCAGGAUGGUUUUUUAUGCCUCCUCAUCAAGUUUUAUUUUGUUUUCAAGAUUCCAUACAUUUAUGUGCUAAACUCCGUAAUCGUAUGCUUUCGGAAACAGCAUCACUGUUGAUUGGGAAUGGAGAAGGUUCCAUUCAAGUACUGAAUGAACUUAUAGAAACUAAAUCAAAGUUUGUCCAUGGACUUGUAAAAACUGAUAUAAAGCCGAGCGAUAGGCAAAACUAUAAGUCUUGCCACAAAAUCCUACGUGAGGAAGUAAUAAAUGCUCUUGAAGACAUUGAUGGUUCUUUAGCCACUCGAAUUUAUUUACGCCUCUUGCGUAGUGUAGCUCUCGCCUAUAUUGACCAUAAUACAUCGAUAAUCGAUCGUAUCUAUCAUAGUUGGUUAGCAGUCUUUAUAUGCCGUAUAUGGCAAACCUGGCUGCAUUUAGUACAUAAAGAAGACAUUUCAGCAGCUCAUUCUCAAAUGUCAAAAGAGAACUUAUUUAUUACUGUUCCUGCUCAUUUUUCUAUCGAAAUGAAUGCUCAUAGCCUUGUUGCAAUUUGUUUACUUGUGCAUCAGCAAGAUUUGCCAAUUUCUACUCUUAGGUUUCCAAAUUAUCACUCACAGUCUUGCGAAGCAACUUUUCGUAACUCUAGAUCAAUGUCAGGUGUUUUUUCUACAGUAGUUAAUUUUACUACUGAACAGUUUCUUAAACGAGCUGGUAAACUAUCAGUACUUGCUGAUAUACAAAAUCAGAGUGAAUCUGAAAGCGAAAAAAUAACUGAAAUGCUUCAAGUGAGUUCAUUUGUGCGAGCUCAGUUUGAUAGAAAAUUUAAAAAGGUCUCGUACGAUGAUGAUGAAUCGUAUUUAUCUGAUAAUGAUGAAUCAAGUUAUAAAUUCAGAUCGGAGAUCAAUACUGCAGCGAACUUAGAUUAUGAUAGUUCAUGUGAUGAUGAAACUGAAAAUGUGUCUUCAAUUUCAGCUAGUGAUACUACAAAUACGCAUGAAUCUUUGUUAACACUAUCAAGUGACUCACUUGAAUUAUCACAUGCAGCAAAUAAUAAUGAAACAUACGAAUCUUAUUCAUUACUAUUUGAUAAAGCUAAACAUAACUUCUCUACAAGUUCGAAAACUUCAUUUAUGCACUAUGAAUCAUCACCAACAGCUCCAAAUCAAACAAUUAAUAAAGAAAUAUCAGCUACGAUUAAUAAUAUAGCAAAAGAAGAUUCUCAAGAUUUUAAUCUUUGGCUUUACUGUUUACUGUUUAUAAAAGAUGAAGAACAGGAAGAAACAGUAAGAUUUAGAGAAGCAAAUGCAAAAAAUUGA